AUGGCCACUCGAGGUUUCAUUGUUAUGUUCUUUUUUAUUGUGUUUAACUUUGUGCUGUUCAGUUGUGUUGCCUCUAAUAAGGUCCCAUGCCCUCCAAAGGGGACUCCUUCCCCUGCAGACGUCCCUAUGACCAAAGGCAAAUGCCCCAAAGAUACCCUCAAAUUUGGGGUUUGCGGUAGCUGGCUGGGGCUGGUUACUGAGGUCAUUGGGACUAAACCCAGUGAGGAAUGUUGUACUGUGAUUAAGGGUCUGGCAGAUCUUGAAGCUGCAUUGUGUCUUUGCACUGCAAUUAAGGCCAACGUUCUGGGACUUGUCAAAGUCAAGGUGCCUAUUGCUAUCAGUCUACUAGUCAACUCAUGCGGAAAGAAAGUUCCAGAAGGAUUUGUUUGUGCUUAGCUUUCAAACUUUGAAUGUGCUUGUUUCUUUAUUCUACUAAAAUGUACUCCCAUCAUUAUUAUCUUUUUUUUUUCUCGAUGAAAUAAAGCAAGUUAUUAGUCUUCAUUUAAAUGCUUUUAUGUUCAGUUCAUUUGUUAGUGAUGUCUGCAUUGUAUUUCUCCUGCUUAUAAUUAAAUUAGACUUUUGAACACAUUAUUUUCAUUAUAAAACAUUAUGUAGCACAACAAAAACAACAUUCUUGAAAUAAAGACAUUAUGUUACAUAACCUGUAAUUUUAUUUAUUUAUUUUUUCCAUUGCAAACAGUAGACUGAUGAUAAAAGACAAUAAUGUAUGGAAGCAAUACAAGCAUUUCAAUCAAAUCAACAAAAGGGUGUAACCAAACAUUUAGAGGCAAGCCAUAGAUGACGAUCACGAUGACUCAGGCGUCCGUAGUUGAUACAUUCCAAGUUGUUGAUGUUUAAUUAAAAAGAAGAAAACGUCACAAAUGAUCACGGAACAUGAUCUUGUGAAACCGAUUAUACCACCAAAUUAAGGAAACACAUAUAUAAUACAAUAUAAAAUGGUAGUGAGUACUGAGUGCCAUAAACUUAUGCACAUUUGAAGCCUUUAGGGGACUUCUUGCCACAUUGGUUCAAGAGCAAGCUCAAUGAGACAGGGACAUUAAGGUUGAUUCCCAAAACUUGGGCCUUAAUAGCAGUGCAAAGGCAAACGGCAGCAUCAAGAUCAGCAAGACCUUGGAGAAGGGAGCAGCAUGGGGUGGCUGAUGGGGUUCCCACAACAAUGUUUACUAAUCCAUUUAGCAAGUCAGCACAUACCCCCAACUUAAGGGUGUCCUUUGGGCAACUACUCUUAGAGCCAGGGCUUGGUGGAGUAGGCAUCGGUGGGGAUGGCUUUAGUGGAGAAGGCUUUGGUUUUGGUGGUGGGCAGUAAGUUGAACUGACCAGUGUGAAGAAAAGAAGAUUGAGGGACAAAAGAAAAGCAGUAGUUGCCAUAGUAGAAGCCAUUGUUUUACUCUUUAGGCACUAAUUGGAUUUGGUGGAUUUCUUGGUAC